GGACCGGGAGCCUCCACCGGCAGAUCUCCGGUGAUCGGCGGCGGCAGAAGGACGCGCACCGAGCGCCGCUCCCCAUCCCGCACCCUCCGGCUCGGACACGGACUUUAACCAACCGUGAGGACUCCGGGAGCCUCUCAGCCUCUUCUCUUCUGCAGCUGCUCGUGUUUUCAUGCCUCACACACUUUAACAUGGCCUCGUCCGUCGGCGGAGCAGAGGAGAACCGGGUGUCCGCGCUGACGCCCCUCAAGCUGGUGGGUCUGGUGUGCGUGUUCCUGGCGCUGUGCCUGGACGUGGGGGCCGUGCUGAGCCCCGCGUGGGUCACGGCGGACGACCAGUACUACCUGUCCCUGUGGGUGUCCUGCUGGAAGCCCGUCAGCUCCGUGGACUGGUCCUGCAGCAGCACGUUGGCCGCCGACUGGCAGAUCGCCAUGCUGGCCCUGCUGCUGGGAGGAGCUGCCCUCACCCUGCUGGCCUUCCUCAUGGCUCUGGUGGUCUUGCGCUGCUUCGGCUCCUGGAGUCACUGCUACAAAGUGGUGGCCAUCAUGCUCUUCUCUGCAGUGGUGCUCCAGGUUUGCAGCUUGGUUCUGUUUCCCAUCAAGUUCAUAGAAUCUGUCAGCCUGAGGGUCUACCAUGAGUUCAACUGGGGCUACGGACUCGCCUGGGGAUCCACCAUCUUCUCUUUUGGAGGCGCCAUCCUCUACUGCCUCAACCCCAAGAACUACGAAGACUACUACUAAAAACAAGUUAGGGUUAACCGGACCCUAACAGGACUCUCUUUCACUCCACUCCAGGAACUCUAUCUGUUGCUGAACAGAAAAAACAAACACUGAUUGAUAGUUUGAGAACUGCGAACUUGCUGUCUCACUGAACCUGGAAAAGAAACUCACAUUUCUCUGAGGAGAUGUGGCAGCAGCGGAAUAAAAGAAACCCAAAACCUCCAUGGCAGUUUUUUCAGAUAAUGGCUGCGUCCCCUUUAAGUGUAACUCCAGUAGGUCUUGGAUUUGGGCAGAGAAUCUGGAGGGAACAGAUGGAUUCUCCGACCACAUACCCAGACGGAUCGCCAGGCUAAUUAAGCAAUUGGAGCAGAGAAGGAAGAGGAAAACGUCCCAUUGAAGUGCUAUCCUGAGGAUGACAGGGCACACCUACGGAAUGCCACAUUUCCCCAGAGAUGUUCGACAUACAUCUGGAGCCUUUUUCCUCCGAUAGACGGCUGGAAACUCGACUUUAUUCUCUCAAUAACCCAUGUGAGGCAGUAAAAACAUUCCACAGGCACCUUCUAAAUGAAUCACGCUGGUGACAGGAGCCGGUUUUUCACCAGGACGACCUUCAACUCAUGCGCACCUGCUUCUUUUUUUCAUAAAAUGGUUGUAUUAUAUGUAAUUAUGUGCAGUAUGAAGUCGUUUUAAGGCAGAUUUAUGGGAAGAAAGGCGGCAAAUGACCGUGUCGGCUGCACAGAUCAUGUGCUCAGGCCUCCACAUGUGAUGCCUCCUCAUCUUCCUCUCAGUAGAAUAGACUGUAGUUGAAAAAAAAUGCAACUUUUUGUUCACAUCUGAGGUCAAUAGUGAGAGUAUCAGGAGCAGCAUGACGAGGACCGUGGGAUAGAAAACCGGAGGGACGACCUACGAGGCAGGAAAAAUUAGGUAUGUCAAGAUGAAAUCAGAGUUUUCAGUGUCAUGACGUUUCUUUUAGCCUGAUGCUACACAGCUAGCCUGCUCUGGAGGAGGAUUAGGUAAAGGUUAGGUCAGGGUAUUUAAAUUAGCGAUAAAAAGUGCUCAUUCUUUGACUGUCAGCUGAGGUUUUAUCUGCAAGCUUCCUGUUCUUAAUUCUGCUGAAAUAAGCCAUGCAGCUAGGGUAGCACCAACUUUCUGUAUUCAAUUGCAGCAAGAAUCUACAGUUAAUCAUGCAGAAAAUUCAUAAAUACAUUGCGAUAUUUGGUCGUGAUUUGCAGUAGCUAAUAAAACAAAGAUUGAAAAACUGAUGAGUAGGGUUACGGUCAGUAAAUAAUAUGUCAGUAAAUAUUAUGAUAAUUUAAUUUGGCCAAAAAUAAAAAUAUUUUCCAUGUCUUCAUUAUCGGAACUAAAAUAACUUCUAAAUGAUCAAUUUUUUAAAAGUUUUAGAGCUCUAACAUGUUGCUGUCAUGUUAGAAAUAAUCAGUUUUCUAUCUGUAUUUCUCACAUCAUUUGCAGUAAUGGUGCUGCUUUUUCCUGUAAUAAAUGUAUUUUUUCCUCACAGCUCUCCAUUAAAACAACCUGUUUAACCUGU